AAAGGGGAAGCUGAGCGUUUUGGGGGCCUCGGUGUUGGGAGGUCGUUCUCCGCCCCCCCACCCAUAAGGUCUCAGGCUUGGAAAGUCAUUAUUCAGUGUUAAAACUUCAGGGGGUUGGCGGCGCGUGCCUAGCUCCAAGACACACGAGUGUAAAGCACUAUUGAACGGUCUAACUCCUAAAACCCUGUGAGCCACGUUGCUUUCAAGCAGUACAGUCGGAAACAAGUCACAAAGUGGCCCCGCUUUAAGAACACGAAUAUUAGCACGAUUUUACCCCAACCAGGACGGAGGAAUUCCGACUGGGUUGAGGUCGCCGGGCGAGUACAAUAGAGCAGACUUGUAGCUCUUUUAGUUGCGACGCGCCAUCAGCGCUGCGCAGAGCGGACUCUCCCGACUCUCCAAGGAGUCUCUGCGCGGGGGAGGGGCGCGCGCGCGCGCGGGGCUGGGCAGGCGGGCGCGCGCGCACGAGGGGAGGGAGCCCGCGCAGGCGCUGUGCGAGGCUGUCGAAGAAUCAAGUCUGUAGAAGUGGAGCGGCGCGGCGGCGGCGGCAGCAGCAGCAGCGACGGCGGCGGCGGAGCUGAGGCGGGCUGGGCGCUGCUGACGCGCGCGCUGGAGAGCGGCGACGCCCGGAGCAGUGAGGGAGCAGCAGAGCGACGCGGGGUCCGUGCCGUGCCCCGGCUCCACGCCGCCCGGCCUCCGCCGCUCCGGCGCGGCAUGCCCCACCGUUCCGGCUGAGCUUGCCUCGGCGGCCGCCCCCCGGCCCCCGCCCCCCGUCCUCCCCGCCCCCCGCCCCGCACUCCGCGCCCGCCGCGACCUGCUGCGCUCGCCCGCGCGGCCCAUCUUCGCUCCGGUCUGGAGGCCCGCCGCGGCCCCGGCCGAGCCCCCGCCCUCGCGCCCGCCGCCCACCCGCGCUCGCCGGGGGGCCGUGCUGCCGCGCCUGCAGCCCCUCGCCCCGCGCCCGCCGCCCCUCGUGUCCCGGGGGCGCUGCGCGGGCGCCGAGCCCGCGCGGGCUCUGCCUUUGCCGCCGCCCCUGCCGCCCCUGCGGCCGCCGCCGCCGCUGGUGGGGGAGCCGCGGGGUUGGGGGGGCAGGAGGGCGCGCGCGGGGCCGGCGGCGAGCGGCGGCACCCCCUCCUCUGUGGGCUCCGCGGACAUGGCUGCAGCGGUAGCGGUGGCGGCCGCGUCCCGGCGGCAGUCCUGCUACUUGUGUGACCUGCCCCGAAUGCCCUGGGCGAUGAUCUGGGACUUCACGGAGCCCGUGUGCCGCGGCUGCGUCAACUACGAGGGUGCCGACCGCGUCGAGUUCGUCAUCGAGACCGCGCGGCAGCUCAAGCGGGCGCACGGCUGCUUCCCGGAGGGCCGCUCCCCGCCCGGCGCCGCCGCCGCUCCGGCUGCUUCGAAGCCGCCGCCGCUCUCGGCCAAAGACCUCCUUCUGCAGCAGCAGCAGCAGCUCGGCCACGCCGGCCCGGAGGCGGCCCCGCGCGCCCCACAGGCGCUGGAGCGCUACCCGCUGGCCGCUGCGGAGCGGCCCCCACGCCUUGGCCCUGACUUUGGGGGCGCCCGGCCGGCCGCGGGCCUGGCUCAGCCGCCGACGCCGCAGCCCGUGAACGGCAUUCUGGUGCCCAACGGCUUCUCCAAGCUGGAGGAGCCGCCGGAGCUGAACCGCCAGAGCCCGAACCCGCGGCGCGGCCACACCGUGCCGCCCACGCUCGUGCCGCUCAUGAAUGGUUCGGCCGCGCCUCUGCCCGCCGCGCUUGGCCUCAGUGGCCGAGCCGCCGCCUCGCUGGCCGCCGUGUCCGGAGCCGCAGCCGCCGGCCUGAGCUCUGCGCCGCCCGCCGAACUGGGCGCGCACAAGCGUCCGGCGUCUGUGUCCAGCUGCGCGGCCGCGGAGCACGAGCAGCGUGAGGCGGCGGCCAAGGAGAAGCCGCCGCCGCCAGCGCACCGCGGCCAGGCCGACAGCCUGUCCACCGCGGCUGGGGCCGCCGAGCUGGGCGCCGAGGGCACGGGCAAAGGCCGUGCGCCAGGAGAGCAGGACUGGGUCAACCGACCCAAGACGGUGCGGGACACGCUGCUGGCGCUGCACCAGCACGGCCACUCGGGGCCCUUCGAGAGCAAGUUUAAGAAGGAGCCGACCCUGACUGCAGGCAGGUUGUUGGGGUUCGAGGCCAACGGGGCCAACGGGUCUAAAGCAGUUGCAAGAACAGCCAGGAAAAGGAAGCCUUCUCCAGAACCGGAAGGUGAAGUCGGGCCCCCUAAAAUCAAUGGAGAGGCACAGCCGUGGCUGUCCACGUCUGCUGAAGGGCUCAAGAUCCCCAUUAAUCCUGCGUCCUCUUUUGUAUCUCCACCACCACCCACUGCCUCACCUCAUUCCAACCGGACCACACCGCCCGAAGCAGCCCAGAACGGCCAGUCCCCCAUGGCAGCCCUGAUCUUAGUAGCAGACAAUGCAGGGGGCAGUCACGCCUCGAAGGAUGCCAGCCAGGUUCACUCCACCACCAGGAGGAAUAGCAGCAGUCCACCCUCUCCGUCCUCAAUGAACCAAAGAAGGCUAGGCCCCAGAGAGGUGGGGGGCCAGGGGGCCGGCAGCACAGGAGGACUGGAGCCAGUGCACCCCGCCAGCCUCCCGGACUCCUCUCUGGCAGCCAGUGCUCCCCUGUGCUGCACCCUCUGCCACGAGCGGCUGGAGGACACCCACUUUGUGCAGUGCCCAUCGGUCCCUUCACACAAGUUCUGCUUCCCUUGCUCCAGACAAAGCAUCAAACAGCAGGGAGCUAGUGGAGAGGUCUAUUGUCCCAGUGGGGAAAAAUGCCCUCUUGUGGGCUCCAACGUCCCCUGGGCAUUCAUGCAAGGGGAGAUCGCAACCAUCCUUGCUGGAGAUGUGAAAGUGAAAAAAGAAAGAGACUCGUGACUUUCCAGUUUCUGAAAAACCCAGUCAUUACCCUUAACUAAAACUGCUUGAAUUGUAUAUAUAUCUCCAUAUAUAUAUAUAUAUCCAAGACAAGGGAAAUGUAGACUUCAUAAACAUGGCUGUAUAAUUUUGAUUUUUUGAAUACAUUUGUGUUUCUAUAUUUUUUUUGACGACAAAAGGUAUGUACUUAUAAAGGCAUUUUCUUCUUUUGUUAACGUUAUUAGCAUAUCUCUGUGCUUUAUUAUUCUGGUGACAGUUACCGUUCAAUGUAGGCUGUGACUUGCGCUGCUUUUUUAGAGCACUUGGCAAAACCCAAAAUGCUUCUAGCCGUGUUUGUAUGCACUUACUUUAAAAAGAAAAAAAAAAAGCCAAAUACAUUUUCUGACAUUGUAAGAUUGCCUUACUGUCUGUUAUUCCUUGUUGCUGCCCCUUUCUCAGGCUGGAGGCCAACUGGUGGAGAAGGAAAGGAAGUGAAUGCAAGGGGCGCUGUUGCAAAGUGGGCAUGCCACUGGGAAAUACCAAGUUUACCCCCAGAACAUUAGCUUUUCAGUCUUUCUGUAUUUUGUUCUUAAAGUUCAGUUGUUGGGACAUUAAGGACUGCCUGAGAGUUGCUGCUGAGAGAUUUUUGGGACUGGUUUUGAGGGGAAUCUUUUUUUUUUUUUUAAGGCAAACUUGAUCACUGUUCGCUGCCCACGUAAUCAGUUGUAAGAUGAUAAUGCUGCAUGCUAGUUGGUUACAUAAUACACAAUUCAGUGACGGAAGGUGGCGAUGAUGGUGGCGUGUACGGCAUGGCACUGCCAUCUUUGACCAGGGCCUGGCUCUGCAGCGCCCCUUCAUCCUUGUAAACACCCCAGAGCUCUGUUGUUGCUGCCAUUGUCAUGUCCCCGGGAGAAAGUUGCAGGAGAAGUUCCAGUCCAGGCGAACUUGGAGAUUGUGGGGUCGGUUUCGUUUCUGUUUUGUGUGUUAUUUUUUUUUAUCAUUUCCCUGUAGUGCCGUUGCUGUUGAUGCUAUCGACCACACCAUUUCUCGUGAGUGCUAACUACAGUAUGGUACAAUGACAGCAGCAGCACAGGGUGCUGCCAGGACUGCCCGUGGGCAUAUUGGUGACAGCCCGGAUGGGGUGGAGGACACCUGUAAUUUCUUCCUUACAUGUGUUUGAAAUACCAAGUGAAUAAUACAGGUCUCCUGGGAAGAAAUGAUAAACUAGUGAAAACUAAAGAAAAGGUUUGACAUCAUAGACAGGUUCCACUUCUCAACUAUUUUUAGAAGCCUUUUGUAAACUGAUUGCUUUUGAUCACUAUUUUGCAUCAGUAAAAUGAUUUUUUAAACCAAUAAAUCAUCAGUUAUUAGAAAUA